AUGUUAUUCAAUAAGCUAGCAGCUGUUGCGGCGCUUGGUUCGCUGGUGACGGCCGCAACCUCGUCUUCCGGCGAGGUACCGGAAAUCGUAAUCAAAGGGAACAAGUUCUUCUAUUCCAACAACGGGACGCAGUUCUUUAUGCGCGGCAUUGCGUAUCAAACUGACGGGCACGAUGGCAGUGGAUCGAACAAGUACGUAGACCCUCUGGCUGAUUUCAAGACGUGCUCGCGGGAUAUCCCAUAUCUGCAGCAACUUCGGACUAAUGUUAUCCGUGUCUACGCUUUGGACGGCAAGAAGGACCACACGGAGUGUAUGAAAGCGCUUGCAGACGCCGGAAUUUACGUGAUUGCAGACUUGUCCGAGCCUUCCUUGUCUAUCAACAGAAACUCUCCUGAAUGGUCCGUCGAGCUAUACGACCGCUACACGCAGGUUGUUGACGAGCUGCAGAAGUAUAAGAAUGUUUUGGGGUUUUUCGCGGGUAACGAAGUCACUAACGAAGUGAACAACACUGAGGCUUCUGCCUUCGUGAAGGCUGCUGUGCGUGACACCAAGGCAUACAUCAAGCAGAAGGGCUAUCGGAAGAUUCCUGUGGGUUAUGCAGCCAACGACGACGCGAAGUUCAGAGAUGAGAUUACGGCCUACUUUGCCUGUGGUUCCAACGAGGAGCGCGCUGACUUCUACGGCUUCAACGUCUACUCGUGGUGUGGCGACUCUUCCUUUGAGAAGUCUGGCUACUCUGACAGAACCAAGGAGUUCUCUCGUUUGCCAGUUCCAGCUUUCUUUUCUGAAUAUGGCUGUAAUGAAGUCAAACCAAGAAAGUUCACGGAUGUUGCCGCGCUAUACGGCGACCAGAUGACCGAUGUGUGGUCGGGUGGUAUCGUCUACAUGUACUUCCAGGAGGCGAAUGAGUACGGACUGGUCACUGUUAAGGGAGACAAGGUCAGCACUUUGUCAGACUUCAGCUAUUAUUCUGCGCAGAUCGCAAAGGCGUCACCAACCGGCGUUCAAUCUGCGUCCUACACACCAAGCAUCACUUCUUUGGAAUGCCCAACUAUCGCUGAUAACUGGAAGGCCGCUAGUUCUUUGCCACCUACGCCAAGCAAGGAUGCUUGUAAGUGUAUGAUGGACGCUUUGUCUUGCGUGGUCAACGACAGCGUUGACAAGGAGGAUUACGGCAAGCUUUUCGGAUAUUUGUGCGGCUCGGACAAAAAACUAUGCAACGGCAUUGCGGUUGACGCUUCCAAGGGUGAGUACGGCGCCUUUUCUUACUGUUCUGGGAAGGAAAAGCUCUCCUACUUGUUGAACGAGUACUACAAGGCCAACGGCAAGUCUUCCAGUGCCUGCGCUUUCAGUGGCUCCGCUUCCUUGCGCAAGCCUACUGAAGCUGCUACCUGUGCUGCCGUUCUAAGUUCGGCUAGCGCCGGUCUCCCUGCUGGCGGCAACGCUUCCGGGUCUUCUGGCGCAGCAACUUCCACUGGUGGCAGCGGGGAACCGAAGCCAAGUAUGGGUACCGCAAACGCAAAAUAUAACAUGCUCAAUGUAUUGAUAUCCUCGGCAGCUACCCUUUCGGUAUUCAUGGGAUUCGGGCUAAUCUUCAUUUAA